GCCAAGGCCGUGAGCAAGGUCAUCCCUCAGCUGAAUGGGAAGCUCACUGGCAUGGCCUUCCGUGUCCCCUCUGCCAAUGUGUCAGUUGUAGAUCUAACCUGCCAUCUGGAGAAGGCUGCCAAAUAUGAAGACAUCAAGAAGGUGGUGAAGAAGGCAUCAGAGGGCCCCCUGAAGGGCAUCCUGGGCUACACUGAGGACCAGGUUGUCUCCACCGACUUCAACAGUGACGCACACUCUUCCACCUUCGACGCUGAGGCUGGCAUUGCCCUCAAUGACCACUUUGUCAAGCUCAUUUCCUGGUAUGACAAUGAGUAUGGCUACAGCAACAGAGUGGUGGACCUUAUGGUUCACAUGGCCUCCAGGUAGUAAGAACUCCCAGGACCACCAGCCUCAGCAAGAACACAAGAGGAAGAGAGAAGCCCUCAGCUGCUGGGGGGUCCCUGUCCCAACUCAGUCCCCCAACACACUGAGAAUGUCCCCUCCUUGGCAGUUUCCAUCCCAGACCCCCUAAAGAAGGGGUGGGGCCUAGGGAGCCCUACCUUGUCAUGUACCAUCAAUAAAAGUCCCUUGUACAGAGCCAA